AUCGAGGAAAUUAUCAAGUUUGAUUACAGCAAUCGUCGAGUAUCGAUCUUCUAAUAAUUAAAAUUUCAAACGUUUAGUCAAAGAUGAAGAUUUACGUUCUCGUGUCUCUAGUGCUUGUUGGAGUGGUAGCUAUCUCUGCUGCACCAUCCGAAUCAAGAUAUCCUAAAGUUGAGCUAUUUGAAGACAUUGCCGAAGUGUCAGAAGAACGUGCUACUAGACAGAGAAGAGUAACCUGUGACCUUUUAUCUGCCGGUGGUUUCGUUGGUGACACUGCCUGUGCUGCCAAUUGUUUAAGUAUGGGUAAAGCAGGUGGACAUUGUAAUGGCAGCGGUGUUUGUGUCUGUCGACAAGAUUCUAUCAAAGAUUUAUUCAACAAACGUUUUGGCUAAUGUUAACGAAAAGAAAAAACAACAUUAUUAUCAACGAAAUGAUUACUAUUUAUAAAACGAAUUAUACUAUUUUAUAACAUUAAUUUUUGUACGUACAAGAUAAUAAAACAGUUAUUG